UAGUCCUAGAUACUUGUGGCAAAAUCUGGGCCGUCAAUGAACUGAUGGCUCUCAUAAUCUUGAUCUCCCACUGUUCUUUACUGUUUUAAGCACCUCUCUGAUCUCUCUCUCUCUCUCUCUCUCUCUCUCUCUCUCAGUUUCAUUUCAAUCUACCAGAGAUGUCGACAUCGGAUAAACCAGAAAUAGUGAAAAGGGGUGAAGAACAAAAGGAAGAUGAUGGAAAGGGUGGAUUUCUCAAUACAGUGAAGGGUUUCAUUCAGGACAUUGGAGAGAAGAUUGAGGAAACAGUUGGGUUUGGGAAACCAACUGCAGAUGUUUCGGCGAUACACAUUCCUAAAAUUAAUCUUGAAAAAGCAGAUCUUGUUGUUGAUAUUCUCAUAAAGAAUCCGAAUCCGGUGCCAAUUCCCCUAAUUGAUAUUAACUAUUUGGUUGAGAGUGAUGGGAGGAAGCUAGUUUCGGGUUUAAUACCGGAUUCCGGUACAAUUCAUGCACAUGGAGAGGAGACUGUGAAAAUUCCUGUUACUUUGAUUUAUGAUGACAUAAAGAAUACAUAUGCCGAUAUUCAACCAGGAAGUAUCAUUCCUUAUAAGGUGAAGGUUGAUCUCAUAGUUGAUGUUCCUGUGAUUGGAAGGAUCACUAUACCUUUGGAAAAAACCGGAGAAAUCCCAAUUCCAUACAAGCCUGAUAUUGAUCUUGAGAAAAUUCAGUUUCAGAGUUUCUCUUUUGAAGAGACCGUUGCUAUUCUUCAUUUGAAGUUGGAUAACAAGAAUGAUUUUGACUUGGGACUCAAUGCUCUUGAUUAUGAGGUAUGGCUUGGUGAUGAUAGGAUUGGAGGUGCUGAUCUUGCAAAGUCUGCAAAAAUUGAAAAAGGUGGGAUUAGUUCCAUUGAUAUUCCAAUUACCUUCAGGCCGAAGGAUUUUGGGUCAGCACUUUGGGACAUGAUGAGAGGAAAAGGUACAGGAUACACUAUGAAAGGACAUAUUGAUGUUGACACACCAUUUGGAGCAAUGAAAUUGCCUAUUAGCAAAGAAGGCGGUACUACCCGUCUCAAGAAGAGUAAGGAAGAUGGUGGAGACGAUGAUGAGGAUUGAGGAAUAAGUGGCAGCAAGUUAUCAGUAUCAGUUCUUAUAUUUACUGCUUAGAUCCAUUAUAAAGUUAAGUAAAAUGGACCUGAACUUAGAGGCAUCACUUCUAAACCUGAUAACCAUUUGUGCAUCUUGAGAGAUCAAGUUGUGACGUUUGAAAUAGAUGAUCCUGUCAGCGUUCAUUGUGAAUAUCAGUUGCAUUUUGGAUUUCACUCUUCUUCGAGCAUGGUUCGUGUUUUGAGUACGUGAUUCAUGUUCAAGUUCACGACAUCCUCGUAGCACUACCUUGUCACGGGUUUUAGAUGAACAUUGUGUGUUGGUUUGUGCCUCUUUUAUUUCUUUUUUUGAGGGAGGGUUGUUGUUUGCUUUGUCUUGUCGAAUUGAUCGUAAUACUCAAUAGUGUGUAAUCUGUAGAAGUUAUUCAAACUUUAAUAUAUGAUAUGUUACAUAUUUUAACUGUACUGCA